GGUAUACAAGCCAAAAGAUUUCCACUCUCUCUUCCUCUCUCUCUCCUCCUUUUACUGCUCAAAGAAGGCAAUUAAGGACCCCUCUUGCUUCAUUCCUUGGGUGAGCAUCUCUACAUUUUUUCUUGAAAUGGGAAGUCAUAAUCCAGCUAUAUGGAUGUAUUUGUUUAUCUUUGCACUUUCAACAGCUCUGCUAAGCUUGGCAGUGGUUGCUAAAGCUCUGGAUGUAACUUUUGUUGCGAAUGCUGUUCAGAAAGGAGCAGUUUGUUUGGAUGGAAGCCCUGCAGCUUAUUAUUUCUCUCCUGGUUUUGGUUCAGGGGUGAAUAACUGGGUGGUUCACAUGGAGGGUGGAGGAUGGUGCAGUAAUGAGGAAGAUUGCGUGGAGCGUAAAAGUAAUUUUCGAGGUUCUUCUAAGGAUUCAGGGCAGAUGUCCUUCUCUGGUAUUUUGGGGAGCAGCCAACAGUCUAAUCCAGGUUUCUAUAAUUGGAAUAAGGUCAAGGUUCGAUACUGUGAUGGUUCAUCUUUUACAGGGGAUAUAGAGGCUGUAGACCCUGCAAAGCAUGUUUUCUAUAGAGGAUCUAGAAUUUGGUUUGCCAUUGUGGACGAACUACUAGCAAAAGGGAUGAACAAGGCACAAAAUGCUCUUCUUUCUGGUUGUUCUGCUGGUGGGUUGGCAUCUAUAUUACAUUGUGACAAAUUCCGUGAUCUUCUUCCAUCGACAACCAAAGUAAAAUGUUUCUCAGAUGCUGGAUUCUUCAUUAAUGCAAAGGAUAUUUCUGGUGUAGAGAGAAUCAAAGCAUUUUUUGAAGAUGUUGUGGUUACACAUGGAUCUGCAAAGAACUUACCAGCAUCUUGCACUGCUAGAUUGCCACCAAGCCUGUGCUUCUUUCCACAAUAUGUAGUGCAAACAUUGCGCACGCCACUCUUUGUACUCAAUGCAGCCUAUGAUGCAUGGCAGAUUAAGAACAUUUUAGCACCAUCAUCUUCUGAUUCAAGUGGUGCUUGGCGAAAAUGCAAGCUUGAUAUAAAGGCAUGUUCAUCGGCACAAUCUCAGACCAUUCAAGGUUUUAGGGCAGAAUUCCUCAAUGCUGUUUCUGGGCUUCAAAGCUCUCCAUCAGCAGGAUUGUUUAUAGACUCAUGCCAUGCCCAUUGUCAGUCUGGAAGGCAAGCUGUCUGGCUAGAUAGUGGCUCUACCAUUGUAGAUAACAAUCCAAUAGGAAAAGCAGUUGCAGAUUGGUUCUAUGACAGGACAGCCUCUAAGCUGAUUGACAACUGUUCUUACCCUUGUAACCCCUCCUGUCAUGAUGUCGCUGAUGAUUCUUAGAAUAUUGAAUCAUCCUUUG